ACACAAAAAUAACACUUUUACACCAGCGGCAUACAUUUGUAAUUGCACCUGGUCUUACAUUUUUCAGAUAUAGCAUAAUUUUUUAAAUAGCUAUCAUAGGUAAGUACUAAGUAUACUAGAGCAGUUUAUUUCUACAAUGGCAUCAUUCUAUAACGCCAUUCUACAAGCUAUAAGCUUUUCUACAUGCAUUUUAAUUUCUUGACAUUGAUUUGUCAUGAAAUUGUGCAAAGAGUAAUAACACCAGUAUGUUUAAAGUCAUGCUGAUAUUUCAGCAGCUCACAGGUAACAAUUUUCUUUUUCUUUGCCUCGGAAAUAAAAUUACCAUAAAGUACUGAUGAACUUGUUCUAUGAGGUACUUCUUUUUUGUACAGCUGAGUAACUGUGAUGAAUUUGAGAGUAGUACCUACUCUAGAUAGAAUAGGAUUCUUCCAGUAACACUAUACUGAUGUGCAUCUUCACUGCACCAAUGAGCCCAUAUCAAAAAGGCAACUACAUGCUUAAGAUCGGACCGUUAAUGAAGCGAUCGACUAUAAACAGAAGGAAAAGUAAUGGUUGCUCAAUCAGAGUGAACGGUGAUCUUGGUCGUCAGUCACAACCUGUUUACAUACGCAACAACAACUACGUUGUCCCUACUGGGAACAGUGGUGUAAUCAACCUCAACACUGAAGAUCAAAUCCUCGUAGCGUGCACUGGAUCUGGGCGCAUUCAGCAUCCUAACAUUCUGUACCCAGUCCAGACUGCUACAGCCACUUGUGUACGUAACAAUUUGGUGUCUGGUAAUGAAUGGCUUAACGGUACCGGUCAGUUUAGUGAACUUACUUGCUCAGCUCCCAACGUCCCCGACGCUGUGGCAACUAAUAACCGCUGUUUCAAUAACAAUUUCGUUAUUAGGGUUGGUUACAUCGUGAACAAUGUCUUUUAUCCACUAUACUGGUCAUGUUUUGAUCAAAACCGUUUGGAAGUUCUUUACGUUUGGUAUGAACAGAAUCCAGAAAAUGCUGUCUACCAGCAUGGCGUCGAUAGACCGAGUUGGCUAGCUGGAAGUUUCUUCACCGGCGUUGAUAUCAACAAUAUGUAUACUAAAGUCCAACAAAAGGCAACAAUCGCUAGACUUGUCGGACAAGAAUUAGCCGACAAAUAUGUAACAAGUCAUCAAUUCUUAACCCGUGGUCAUCUUGCGGCCAAGACUGACUUCAUUUAUGCAACUGGUCAGAGUUCUUCCUUCUACUUCAUCAACGCUGCUCCACAGUGGCAGCCAUUCAACGCUGGCAAUUGGAACUGGCUUGAACAAAACCUACGUAAACGUAUUGGUCAAGCUGGCUACAAUACUAUAGUUUACACCGGCACCUUCUGCGUGACCCAACUGCGAGACCAGAACAAUUGUCUGGUGGAUAUUUUCUUGCACACAGAUGCUAAUAACAACCCCCAAGUUCCUGUCCCGUUAUAUUUCUACAAGGUGGCAUACGACCCUGCCCUUCGUCUAGGAACAGCCUUCAUAAGCAUCAACAAUCCUUAUUAUACUGAAGCUGAAGUGCGAGUCCUAACAUUCUGCACGGACAGGUGUCGAAAUAACGACGCCUUCAAAUGGCUAGAAUGGCAGCCAGACCGCAUCGAGUUAGGAUACAGCUUCUGCUGUACAGUCGCUGAUUUCAGGAAUGUGAUUCCUCACUUACCAAAUUUCGAUGUUAUUGGUCUUCUCACAUAAAAUAUAUACAUAUACUUGUACAUAAAUAUAAUACCUAUAUAUAUUUUAUGUAUACAAAUAAUACGAUAUUAUUAAUGUAUAGAUAUAUAGAUGAUAGAUAUAGAUACAAUUUGCUUUUUCUAUAUU